UGGGCGCCCGCCCCUUUUCCCGCGCUCCCCCUUUCGCGUGCGGGAUGAGAAGUUCCCGGCUGCUUCGGCGACGGGAGGGAAAUUGAAACAAAUUAAUAAAUAAAUGAGAGGGGACCCAAAAUGGCGGAAAAUUCAAAAGCCUGCUCUGUUUGUUGCAAAUCCACUUGGUCCCAACUCCAGGAUUUAUGCCGCUUGGAAAAGGUGUGCUGUGCUGACUUUGGCAUCACCAGGAAAAACCUGUAUGAUUUUGAAGUGGAAUAUCUGUGUGACUACAAGAAAAUCCGGGAUGAGGAAUACUACCUGGUGAAGUGGCGUGGCUACUCUGAUUCGCAAAACACCUGGGAACCCCGUAAGAACUUGCGCUGCAUCAGCAUCCUCAAGCAGUUCAACCGGGACCUAGAGCAGGCGCUGAUCUGGCAAGGAGGCAAGAUCAGGAAGAACAUCCGCAUGCUCGACCAAGGCCUCUCCAACUAUCUGGUGCAGAAGGCGAAGCAGCGGCAGGCCCUGCAGCAGUGGGAAUACGAGCUCAACGCCAAACGCAAUCACAAGGGUCGCAUCGUCGUGGAGAACGAGGUGGACUUGGACGGGCCUCCCCGGGACUUUGUCUACAUCAACGAGUACAAGGUUGGGGACGGCAUCAUUCUCAACCAGGUUGCUGUGGGCUGUGAAUGCCGAGACUGUCUGUCGGACACCAUGGGGGGCUGUUGCCCAGGAGCCUCGCACCACAAAUUUGCCUACAAUGAGCUUGGCCAAGUGAAGAUCAAGGCGGGCAUGCCCAUCUACGAGUGCAAUUCUCGCUGCAGCUGUGGGAUCGAGUGCCUCAACCGGGUGGUGCAGAAAGGCAUUCGUUACGACCUCUGCAUUUUCCGGACAGAUAAUGGGCGUGGCUGGGGUGUGCGUACGCUGGAGAAGAUCCGCAAGAACAGCUUUGUCAUGGAAUAUGUGGGAGAGAUCAUCACAUCGGAGGAGGCAGAGCGAAGGGGUCAGAUCUACGACCGGCAGGGUGCCACUUACCUCUUUGACCUGGACUAUGUAGAGGAUGUGUACACGGUGGAUGCUGCCUACUACGGCAACAUUUCACAUUUUGUCAACCACAGUUGUAACCCUAACCUCCAGGUGUACAAUGUCUUUAUCGAAAAUUUGGACGAGCGGCUGCCACGCAUUGCCUUCUUUGCUACUCGGUCAAUCCGUAUCGGUGAAGAACUCACCUUUGACUACAACAUGCAAGUGGACCCUGUAAAUGCAGAGAGCACCCGGAUGGACACUAAUUUCAGCCUUGUGGGCGGCCUGACUGGCUCCCCAAAGAAGCGGAUGCGCAUUGAGUGCAAGUGCGGCACAGAGUCCUGCCGAAAAUACCUCUUCUAAUUCUUUGUUGGUUUUGCUUGGAAGAUGUCUGGCCAUGCUUGAACUGGAAAGCAAGAGAUGAACUGGCAGUUGCUGAAAAAUAGCAGGCAAGACGGCAAGAGCCAGCAACGUACCUGCUUGAAAAAUGGAUUAUUGGGACUCUGGACUGUAUGGGGGGUGGGGUGGGGGCAGUGACCUGCAUCUGCUAUGCUGGCCAGCCUCUGUGCAAUGGCUUUUUGUUGCCCAACAGGAGUAUUCUAGUGGUAUGGGGGGGACUUUUCAAUAGUCAGGUGAUUAGUUUGACUUGUCAAACACUGCUGAGAUGCUAGCUGCAAGGACAACAACCUAGAACAGAUCAUAAGUCUGUGGGGGUGCCUUCUCCUCAGUUUAUUAGAAACGCUCGAUUUUAGGUACUUCAGGGCAGAAAACACUGGCUAAUUCGUUCUGGUUUACUAGAUGGAAGGAAAGCAAGAUGGAAGGUCUUGCUUUCUAAAUUGGAAGCAUUUCUUCGUUGCUGUACAGAUAGGAGGGAAACCACUUGGCUUUUAAUGGAUUUGAUGUGCUCUGCAUUAUCUCAGUGGGCUAUUUAGGACUCCUGUCCAUCUCUGUACAUUCAUGGAACCUCUUUUCCGUUAACAGAGAGGAGAGCGUCCACAAUAACUUGUACUUGAAGUCGCACUUAUUGCCUACAUUUGGGUUGUCCUAUGCAAACAGAUAAGCCGUUGUCACCUCUCUUUAUAUAUAUUUUUUCCCUAAAAAGGACAUUUUAAAAAGUCUAUUUGUGGACGUGGGCUGGGGCAAAGAAUCUAGCUUCUAGGAGCAGCUGUGCUUUGGGAGGUGCGGCGAAGUAUCUGAAUGUUGGUUGAUGGACUUAAUUCGAUUGUUGGAUUCUUUAUUUUGUUUGUGACAACACCUUUUGUAUCAACUGUUUCUUUUUUUACAAAAAACAAAAUUCAAAUGG